GCGAGGCAGAAGAACUUGCGCCUGAUAUUCCGGCUCGCCCCUGGCAGAGCGGGCAGCCUUUCGGCCGUCCUCGCCAAAAACGGCCAAAUCCUGACAGGCUCUGCCGAGAUGGCCGCAGAACUCCGCAGACAUUGGAAGAGCGUUUUCCGUGCGAAGGGCAUCGACCACACCCUCCUCGAUAACUGGCUCAACGAGGACGCCGACAGCAGGAGCGACAAGGAUAUCGUCGAGGACACCCCCGCGAUUGCCCGGCUCCGCAAGCGCCACACCCGACACGCCAUUCAGCACUCCAACAAUUCUUCCCGGGGCCCUGAUGGAAUCAGCUUCCUCGCUUGGAGAAGAUGCAUCAAGCUCUCCACGACAGUUCUUUUCGACGCAGUGCGAGUGCUGAUGGACGAUUCUGGCUGCGCGGCCAUAGACGAGGAGUGGUCCGACUUCAAUGCGAGCCUGCUCUUCCUGCUGCCCAAGAAGGCUUCUGGCACCACGGCCACAGGCGAGGGCUAUUUCUCAGCUGAGAAUACGAGACCGCUGAACGUGACCAACACGGACAAUCGCCUGCUCGCCAGUGCUGUUCGGCACUUCGUGGAACCGAUACUCGGCAAGCUUUUGUUCGCUUCAUACGUGUCGUUUGCGAUUCGUGCACGCCCCGUUUACCCUCGCUUCAAACUAAACACCACCAUCACGUAA